AUGAAGAAUAAAAGGAGGAAAAAUAAAAAGAAUUCAUUAAACCAAUUUGGGAAUAAUGAUAAGUCAAGGGUUGUAAAGAGAAAGAAAUUGAAUGAAAAAACACAAAAUAAAGAGAACUCGAGUAAGAAAUUGGAAGUAUCAUUUUACAGUUACAAAAAUUUAUACUUAAAAGAUAUUCAUAAUUUUAUAGUUAAUUUAAGAAUAAAAAAAAGUAUUUUUAAAAAUGAAUUAUUUGUAAUAAAAAAUAACGAAAAUUUGAAUAAUUUAAUUAUAUGUCUUGUCCCGAAUUUAUCAAAUUGGUAUAUUAAAGACAUAACAACAAAUAAUGUAUUCAAAAAAUUACAGAAAAAUAAUAAUUUCAGAAAAGUUCAUAAAGAGAAAUGUGUAAAGAAUAAUUGCAGUAAUUUAAUUUUAAAAACAUUAAGUGUAUCUGUAUCUAGUAAUAAAAAAAAAAAUAAAUGUAAUGCACAUUUUAAUAUAGAGAAUUAUCUAUUAACUAAAGAACAGCUAUUAUUAAAUAAAUAUCCAAAUAAUAAUUCCCAUGAUUAUAUAAAUUUUGAUAAUAUUAAGUAUGUUAAAAGGGACAAGCAUAACAUAAGUGAUAUUAAAGAGUAUUUGUCUGUAACCAUGAAUUCUACAUACAUUAUGAAUGAUCCAUAUUUGCAUGUUCAAAAGCACGAAAAAAUGGAAGGAAAUUUCUUGGAAACGGAAAAGGAGAAUAAACAGUUUGGGAAUAAACAGGUAGAAAAUGUGCACUCAGAAAAUAUAAACGCAGAGACCAUACUUGCAGAGUAUGUUGAAGCAAAAAAUGAACCCUUAGAAAAGGAUAAAAAAGAAGAAUUCCUCACUGAUGAACAAAUUGAUCAAGAGCAAAAAAAUACAUUUACAAUCGAACACAUAAAUAUGUAUGCUGAUGCGUUACAAAAACUUUUAAAAGCAUCGACAAAUUGGAAAAAAAUACAUACAACGAAUAAGAAGCCACUUGUAAAAACAGAACUUGUACAUGUACCGAUUCAAAUUAAUGAAGAAAAUGAGAAAAAGGAAAAUAAUGAACUAAAUGGAAAUUCAAAUUUGUUUACCCUAAGUCCUGUAUUAUAUCAUAAAUGGAGCAAAAUCGGAAAUGAAAAAGAGUACGAUGAUGGUGUUGACCUGUGUAAUCAUUUGAAAGUUGGUCAAAUGGACACAAGCACUCUGUUAAAUGGUAGCUUAGGUUUGCUUGGGACACAUGAAAAAAGUCGAAACAGUGUUAAAAGCGAAAUGGGAAAGGAGAGUAGUAUCAACAACGAAAUCGGAAAAGGGAGUGAUGUCAACAACGACGUGGGAGAAGAGAAGUGUCUGAGCAGCGAAAUGUGUAAAGAAAGCAGCGUGAGUAGCGAACACAAUGGAGGUGAAGAGAAGGAGGAAGAGAUCCCCUUUGGUGAUUUCGAUUUAAACAAUAUUUUUAGUAUAGACUGUGAAAUGUGCGAAACGACAAACCACCAAAGAGAAUUAACAAAAAUUACCGUCGUCGAUGCUUAUAUGAAUAUUGUAUAUGAUUCUUAUGUUGUACCUGAUAAUAAAAUUACGAAUUAUUUAACACUGUACUCAGGUAUAAAUGAAAGUACCUUAGAAAAUGUAAAUACCAAAUUAAAAGAUGUGCAAGAAUAUUUAAAAAAAAUUCUAAAUAAUAAAUCUAUUCUAAUUGGACAUUCCCUUGAAAAUGAUUUACAUGCACUAAAAAUAAAACAUGAUUAUGUAAUUGACACUUCAGUAAUAUAUUCGGGUUCUAAUUAUUAUUUUAUAAAACCCUCCUUAUUCAAUCUUUCAAAAAAGCAUUUAAAUAUUACUAUGAAAAGAGACAAUGGUCAUAACUCCAUUGAUGACGCCAAAAUAAGUAUGUUCCUGGCCAUAAAGAAGAUUAGCGAGUUUGGCGCAAACGAGUUCAGCAGCUUUUACCACCCCCUUCCCCUUUUUCUUAACAGAGAUAAUUAUUCGAACAUAGCCAAUAACAUAAUUCAAGAAGAGGAUAUAUGUUUUAAGUAUGAGAAAAACUUAUGUAUAUAUGAUUCAAAGAAUAAAUAUAUUGAAGAGAAAGUGCCAAAGAUUUUUUUGAAAAAUUGUUUCCACUGUGUGUGUGAAAAUGAUGAUGAAUGUGCAGAAAAUUUAAUUAUGAAUUUAAAAAAUAAAAAUAAAAUAAAAAAUUAUAUUUUAAUAUUUAGGGAUUAUGAAAAUUUAUGUAAUGAAAAAAUGUACAACUGUUUUAAGAAUGCUAAUAAUGAGAAUUUUAAAAUUGAAAAUAAUGAAAAAAUGUUUGAAUUUCCAAGUAGAGUUGAAGCAAAUGAAAUAUUAAAUAAGCUUAGCUCAAAUAUUGAAAAAAUUUAUAAUAAUAUGGGGAAAAAUGACGCUUUAAUACUUUUAUCAUUUAAUGACAACUAUUUAGCUGAAGAAAAAAUUAAAGAAACAUUAUGUACAGCAAAAGAUAUAUUUUAUUCUGCAAAAGAUAUUAAUGAAAAAUUAAAUAAUGUUGAUCAAAAAAUAAAAUCUUUAGAAGAAUUUAUAAACAGAAAAAAAAAAGACAAUGUUUGGACAAAAAUUCAUUUUUUUGAAUUCCAGCAUUUAUUAUAUACAUAUGAUAAAUGUAUUUUAAAUUAUUUGAAUGAAAAUAGGACCAAUGAAAAAAAUAUGUUCAUUAUUAACUCACUUAGAACGUUAAGAAAUACCUUAUGUGUCAACGACAAAAAAAGGAACUUCAAUGGCUGGUUUUCCAUUCUCCUCAAAAGUUAA